AUGAGGGCACCAGUUUAUGAUUUACGGGACAAGGAUUCCGUUUUAGUGGCUGUGGGCUCGCAAUGGAACCUGUGGAAAUCAACUCAGGUUUUAGUGGCUGUGGGCUCACAAUGGAACCUGUGGAAAUCACCUCAGGUUAUAGUGGCUGUGGGCUCACAAAGGAACCUGUGGAAAUCAACUCAGGUUUUAGUGGCUUUGGGCUCACAAUGGAACCUGUGUAAAUCACCUCAGGUGUUAGUGGCUGUGGGCUCACCAAGGAACCUGGGGAAAUCACCUCAGGAUUUAGGGGCUGUGGGCUCGCAAUGGAACCUGUGGAAAUCACCUCAGGUUUUAGUGGCUGUGGGGUCACAAUGGAACCUGUGGAAAUCACCUCAGAUUUUAGUAGCUGUGGGCUCACAAUGGAACCUGUGUAAAUCACCUCAGGUGUUAGUGGCUGUGGGCUCACAAUGGAACCUGUGUAAAUCACCUCAAGUUAUAGUGGCUGUGUUAGUGGCUGUGGGCUCACAACGGAACCUGUGGAAAUCACCACAGGUUAUAGUGGCUGGGGGCUCACAAUGGAACCUGUGUAAAUCACCUCAGGUUUUAGUGGCUUUGGGCUCCCAAAGGAACCUGUGGAAAUCACCUCAGAUUUUAGUGGCUGUGGGCUCACAAUGGAACCUGAGGAAAUCAACUCAGGUUAUAGUGGCUGUGGGCUCACAAUGGAACCUGUGCAAAUCACCUCAAGUUAUAGUGGCUGUGGGCUCACAAUGGAACCUGUGGAAAUCACCUCAGGUUAUAGUGGCUGUGGGCUCACAAUGGGACCUGUGGAAAUCACCUCAGGUUUUAGUGGCUGUGGGCUCACAAUGGAACCUGUGUAAAUCACCUCAGGUUGAAGUGGCUGUGGGCUCACAAUGGGACCUGUGGAAAUCACCUCAGGUUUUAGUGGCUGUGGGCUCACAAUGGGACCUGUGGAAAUCACCUCAGGUUGUAGUGGCUCUGGGCUCACAAUGGAACCUGUGGAAAUCACCUCAGGUGUUAGUGGCUGUGGCCUCACAAUUUAGUGUUGUUGAUGAGACGGAAAUAACCCAGGCACUAACAUUACACUGCAAACCUGGGACAACACAACGAGCUCCUUACAGCGUCACAGCAAACCUGGGACAGUACACAACAAGCUUCUUACAGCGUCACAGCAGACCUGAGACAACACAACAAGCUCCUUACACUGUAACAGCAGACCUGGGACAACACAACAAGCUCCUUACACUGUCCCAGCAGACCUGGGACAACAUAACAAUGAGCUCCUUCAAGCAUCACAGCAGACCUGGGACAACACAACAAGCUUCUCACACUGUCACAGCAAACCUGGGACAACACAACGAGCUCCUUACAGCGUCACAGCAAACCUGGGACAGUACACAACAAGCUUCUUACAGCGUCACAGCAGACCUGAGACAACACAACAAGCUCCUUACACUGUAA